AGUAUUCAGUUUUCGUUCAGUUGAUGGAGACAUAGCACAGCUUCGUGGUCUGUGGGAAUUAAUAUAAAUUUGUUUGUGUUUUCAAAGUUAUCUUUCUGUUUCAUUCUUGAAAUGGGUGACUUUUCAAAAUUUAAACCUGUCUGUGUUGAACUGUUGAAAACUCCGUCUGUGGAGAGAUUGAUAAAACUGAAAAACCUUGUCAGUAAAAGUGAGAAGAACUCAAUCCAGCAGUUGCAAGAAUAUAUAUUAUUUCCAUUAUUUAUCAUUGCAUCCAAUGAAGAGUUAAGAAGUGAAAAAAUGUUCUGUGCCGUUGGUGAAUGUUUACAAGAGGUUUGUCGUAAAUCAACAGUCAAGGUGUACAAAAUAUUUUCAGACUUUAUGCUGCAACUUCUGCUUGUUGUACACAAUGUCAACCCAACUGAGAAAAAAACUUUUCAGUCUGAAGAAGUCAAACUGGUUACGGUAGAAUCAUUGCUUGCCUUAUGGAAAUCGGCAUCAACUGAAGUUAUCCUUGAGUUGCUCUCAGAAGCAAGUAGACCACUACUAGGGCAUUUAGUGUUCACUUUACUUAAGGUUGCUGCUAAUGAAGAAAUGAAAGAGCUGAGGAUUUCUGCAUUAGAUAACCUCAUGGAGUUGUCUUGCACUCCAUCCAAUGGACUGGGCUCUUCACUUUCUGGUUUCUUCCCGGGAACAUGUACAAAUAUGCUGAAAAUUAUAAACGGAACGAUAAAACAAUCUCACGUUUUAACUAUGAGAGCGGUCGAGGUUUUUUCCAAAUGGAUCAGAAUCAUUUUAAACAACAACCGUUUUGAUAAUGAUGAAAAAUCCGAAAACGAUCAAUGGCUCCAACAAACCCGCACCAACGUACAUUUGGUUUUCGAGAAGAUGAUGAAAAAUCCGGAAAUGCAUUGGAAAGUGAAACUUGAAAUGAUUUCUCUGGUCGCUGGUGUGGUGGAGGAUUGCUCAGUUACUUUGGAACCUUCGCUGCCUUUGCUAAUCAAGAAAUUAGUUCAGUUCACCGCUGAUGAGUGUCCAGAAGUUGAGCGUGCAGCAAAAGAACGAAUCACAAAUCUGAGCUUUUCUCAAACUAACUUUGAUUCGGCAAUAAGACAAAAUCUUUAUGAUAUUGUGACGUGUUUGCCAAGGAUUGUGACUCAAGGAAUAACUCGUGACCAGCUGGUGGUUUUGCAAGAACUUCAGGGCCAUCUGACUUUGCUGGGGCCUCGUUUGGAACAAAGUCUGAUUUUCAGUGGUCUUCGGCAACGCUUAUUUAAAGGUUUGCUCAUCUCGGCCACUCUUGAACCGACUAAAGUCACAGAAAGGGACGACCCAUUCAGUCUUCAAUACCUGCGAGAAGACAGAGUUGUCUCUCAGUUUGCAGCCUGCUGCUCCACGAUCGGCCGUCAUGGAAACUUGGCCGAUACAUCUGAUUAUCUCUUGGAUGUUGUUAGACAAAAAGAUUCCUUUGAUAAAGAAUCAGUCUAUGUUAUGGCUUUAGUACUAAAAGGUGCUGCUAUGGAUCUUCCUGUUCUCACGACCAUCAUAAGAGAAUACUCAACUUAUCUUACUCACUCGACCAGCGAACAUAAAAACGACAUCAUACUGGGCCAGUUGAUGUUGUUGGUGAUCGGCGAAGCUGCGAUUCAAAUGGGGACUGACUUUUCGUCCAUGUUGCUAACUGCCCUGAAACCUGUGUUGGAAAAAGCCGGCAAUCCGGACUUCUGUGAAGCAGGAGUUCGGUCCCUUCAAUGUAUGACAGAUGCAUUGCGUCUAACUUCUGUAUCCAAGCUACUCGAAGAGAAUGCAGACUACUAUGCACCCCAGUUGACCUUCCAAUUACGAAACAUCGUUCGAUAUCCGCGCGCAAUUGAUCUACUCCGAGCGUUACUGAUGCUUUCCGACAUUCGCAUGGAACACUGGCUGGAACGAAUGGUUGAACAUGCUUUGAAAGGACUGGACAAGAGUCAUUCUCUCCGAGCUCUUCCAUACGUCCAGGUACUUGAACUGUAUUCGAAAGCCGCGCACAACACGAGACCUGCCGGACCAGCCUGCGCUAAACCUCUAUCGAAAGGCGAAACUCUUGAAAAAGAGGAAUUAAUCCAGCGCAUUGUUGAUUACAAAGCAAACAUUAAGCUGAGUGAGACAUAUUUGGAAACAAAUGAAGAAGAAGAAAUUUGUGAUGCUAAUACGGAAGAACCGGAACAGAUCGAUGAUCCUGAAGUCGAAGAAGAAAAAAAGGUGAUCCCACCUCAAAUUACUCUUGUAGCCGAUAUUUUGGAUCGCUGCACGAAGAUAUUGCCACAAUCUACCGAAGAAAAACUCUACGCCAGUUUGAUGCAAACCAUUUGCUUAUCAGUAGAGGUGCUUUCUUCUCACGAAGAUAUUUUUUUGCCGAAAGUGCACAAACUUUGGGAGCCUUUAAAGAAUCAGCUGUUGGGAACAUCACAUCUCAAACAGAGGCAGGCGUUUGAGAUUUUCCUUUCAUUAGUUCGUCGCUGCCCAGAUUUUAUUCGCCAUCGAGCUGUCAAAGAAAUUCUUCAUAAAUUGGUGCUAUUCCUGCAAAGCCAGGCUACUGCUAGUCGUGGCCGAUCUAGCAGAGCGCACAUUGCCAGCCAGUCGUACAAAUUACAAAAAUCCGUACUAUCCGCCAUGGCCACCCUAGUUGAAUUCAUCGAUCCACCUGUAUUGGAAGUUUGUAAAAUCGUUCAAGCGAUUUCUUUGUACCUCAGCAACCAACAGAUUUCAGAACUUCAGAGUUUAGCAAAGGACAACUUGGUCGCCAUAGCCAAAUAUCACUCGGGGUCCGUUUGGUUAACUUUACAUAGCAUGGUGUCUAGACGGACUUUAACACGCCCAGGUUUUCGAUCCAUCAUGGUUGGUACUACAAACGACGAAAGUGAAUUUACAGUCAACGCUGAAGAAUUGGUCAAACAGCUGUUCCCCCUUACUUGUUCAGGUCACCAUUAAACGGAUAUCAAGGUAUAGACGAAUCGACUGUA